CUGCCAUUCCACCUCCUAUUACUAUAUAUAUAUUGAACAUCCAUUCAAUUCAACACUACACUUCAUUUCAUAUUUCCACACUCCUCUUUCUCCAACAACACAAAAACAGGAAGGAAAAAAAAAUGGACGGAAGCUCCGCCGACGAAAGCAGCACCACAAACUCCCUCUCAACGACGCUGCAGGCCUCCCCGCCCCCGCCCCCCGAGAACGGCCCCGAGGCGGAGUCGAGGAAGCUCCCUUCCUCCCGCUUCAAAGGCGUGGUGCCCCAGCCCAACGGCCGCUGGGGCGCCCAGAUAUACGAGAAGCACCAGCGCGUGUGGCUCGGCACCUUCAACGAAGAAGCCGAGGCCGCACGCGCCUACGACACCGCCGCCCAGCGCUUCCGCGGCCGCGACGCCGUCACCAACUUCACGCUGACCGAGGACCCCGCUGAGACCGCCUUCCUCGCCUCCCACUCCAAGGCCGAGAUCGUUGACAUGCUCCGAAAGCACACCUACAUCGACGAGCUCGCCCAGAGCCGCCGCCGCUUCAGCGUUGGCGCCGGCGCCCGCACCCCCCAGAGCCAAACCCUCUUCGCCGCCAAGGCCCGCGAGCAGCUGUUCGAGAAGGCGGUGACGCCGAGCGACGUCGGGAAGCUGAACCGGCUGGUGAUACCGAAACAGCACGCGGAGAAGCACUUCCCUUUCGAAAACGGAAAGAGUAGUAGUAAAGGAGUGUUGCUGAAUUUGGAAGAUGGGAAUGGGAAGGUGUGGAGAUUUCGGUAUUCGUAUUGGAAUAGCAGCCAGAGCUACGUGCUGACGAAGGGGUGGAGCCGGUUCGUGAAGGAGAAGGAGCUGCGGGCCGGGGACGUGGUGAGUUUUGAGCGGUCCACGGGGCCGGAUAAGCAGUUGUAUAUUGAUUGGAAAGCGAGGGGCGGUUCGGACCGGGUUCAGGUGGUGAGGUUGUUUGGGGUGAAUAUAUUUGAGUGUGGUGGUGGGAAGAGGGUGAGGGAGAUGGAGAUUAUGGGGUUGGAUUGUGCUAAGAAACAAAGGAUUAUUAAUGUUUUGUAGUAACAAAAUGUGGUUGGGAAAGGGGUUUGAGAUGGGGAUGUUAAUUGCAACUUGCAAUUGUACAGGAAAAUAGAUAAAAAAAAAGGAAGACCAGCUCAGCCUUUUUAGGUUUUGAUCAAAUGGGAAUACAAUUACAAACAACUGUCAUUUUUACUAUUUUCUUAUACUUUCUUCUUCUCUUCAUGUUUAUGUGCUUUGGAGCCAGUAAAGCUUUCUUGUUGUGUAACUAUUAUGCAUUAAUUGUACGUAGCAAGUCUUUCUUUUUCAAAAGAAAAAAGAAAAAAAUAAACUUUUAGUGCA